AUGGCAGUGGGAUUGGACAAGCCCUUGCUGGGCAAUGGUUCAAAGGGCGAGGUGGGUUCCACAGUGACAGCCACCGUCAUCAACCUCCUGAAAAAUAUGGUUGGGGCUGGGCUCUUGAAUGUGUGCGUUGCAUUUCAAUACGCAUCAGUCAUGGGCGGGUUGCUGAUAAUGUUAUUCUCUGCCUUCGUUUGCACUGGAGGAUUCCUGCUGAUUGGCUACUGUUGCUCAAAAACCGGGGCUCGGACUUUCCGAGAGCUUUGGAGAUCAGCGAUGGGAGCGAAGACGGAGAAGACAGUUGAUGUGGUCCUAUUCUUCCACACGCUCUUUAGUUGUGUUGGAUAUGUCACCAUGAUUGGAGACUUUUGCAUUAAGAGUGCGUCGGGUUUGAUGCCGGACUCCAUCUUUGCCCGCCGCCGUGAAUCCUCCAUUCUAGUCAUCAGCUUGUUCGCCAUUUUCCCACUCUGCUUGUACAAGAACCUGGAUCCUUUGAAGUACACUUCGGUGGUGGGUCUUGCUAUCACUGCUGUUUCAUGCGCGUACAUUUUUUACGACGUCAUUGCAAACGCAGAAGAGUAUGGCGCUGUAGAGACCUUGCAGUCUCAUUUUUGGUAUGUUCAGCUUGAUAUGUUCAAGACAUUGGCGCUCUUCAACGGGUCCUUCUCAGCGCACUACAAUGCUCCGACCUAUUAUGCAGAGUUGAAAGAAAAGACAUUCUUCAACUACAUGAAGGUGAGCUUCUACGCCUUCGGCAUUGCCACGUUGCUCUUCACUGCCUUCGGCCUUGCCGGUUUUGCACGCUUUGGCGAUGAAGUGCUGGGAAAUGUGCUGAAAAGCUACAGCCCUGACGACCCCAUGAUUCAGCUUUCUUGGGGCUGUAUGAUGGUGUCGACCGUUUUCAACUUCCCCCAUGCUUUCCAGCGAAUGCGGUCAUCCUUCAACGCUUUAUUGAACAAGGGUCCGGAGGACAACUUCAUAUUCACGACAAUCCUCCUCCUGUCAGCCUCCGUGUAUAUGGGAGUGGCCUUCAAAGAUAUUGCCGUCAUCAAGAUGAUCAAAGGUGCUACGCUGGGUGUCUCCAUUAUGUUUAUUUUCCCGGCUCUGUUCUUCAUACAUCUCAAUGAGCCAAUCCGUUUCAAGAGGAAGUGCAGUGGCGAUAUCAAUGACCCAAUGAGCCAGGUCCGCAGAAGGCGGCGAGCAAAGUGGCUGUCUGUGCUUUGUGUGAUCAUGAUGAUCACGGGUUUCGUCCAGGGUGCACUUGCUCUAAUGGUGCACUACAACAUUAUCUAG